AUAACUGGAGUCAGCUAUGCAACAAGUAAAACUAAUCCACUCAGCUGCAGGCUAUGGACUGACCCUCAGUUGCCUGGAAUUUUUAUGAAUGGAGAUUUUGUUAUUGGUGGGAUUUUCACUUUUCACCAUUACACAAGAACAGAGCAAAUUACUUACACCAGGCUACCAUCCCAAACACAGUGCUAUGGCAUUGACUUCAGGGAAGUGCGCUUUGCCCGGGCCAUGGAAUUCACCAUCCACGAGAUCAACAACAGAACAGAUCUCCUCCCGGGCAUUACCUUAGGCUACCAGAUACAUGACUCAUGCUCUACUGUGCCAAUGGCAAUCAGAGUUGCAUUUCAGCUUGCAAAUGGGUUUGAGACGGUUUUCAAUGAAACUAGUUCUUGUUCUGAAUAUGCAGUAGCCACUGUGCCUGCUAUUAUAGGAGAUUCUGCUUCCACACAGUCAAUCAGCAUAGCCAGAGUGCUUGGUCUGUUUGGAAUUCCACAGGUGAGUCACUAUGCAACAUGUGCAUGUCUGAGUGAUAAGCAUCACUAUCCUACCUUCUUUAGGACCAUACCUAGUGACCAACACCAAGCAGCUGCACUGGCAAGAAUGGUCAAGCAUUUUGGCUGGACAUGGAUUGGAGCAGUUCGCAGUGACUCAGAUUAUGGAAAUUAUGGAAUGUCAUCAUUCCUGAAGGCUGCACAAGCAGAGGGGAUUUGUGUGGAAUACUCAGAGGCAUACUACAGGACACAACCACGCAGUAAACUGGAGCAAGUGGCAAACGUCAUUCGCAGAUCAACAGCCCGGGUUGUAAUAGCAUUUAUGGCAUCAGGUGACAUGAAAAUUCUUUUAGCAGAGCUUUCACGACAGCCCCCACCUCUGCUUCAGUGGAUUGGAAGUGAAACAUGGAUCACAGAUCCUGAUAUUUUGCGGUAUAACAUGUGUGCUGCUGCAAUAGGGUUUGGUGUUCCCCGGUCAGUUAUUCCAGGCCUUCAUGAGUUUCUUCUAAACCUCACUCCAAGCAAAGCAUUAGAAUCACCUCUAUUAACAGAAUUUUGGGAAAGCUCAUUUAGCUGUAACCUUAAAGGUCAAACAGGUGGCUCAGGAGACAUGCGAGAAUGUGAUGGCAGUGAGGACAUUCACACUCUCCAGAACCCAUACUUAGACACAACUCAGUUGCGCAUCACUAACAUGGUGUACAAAGCAACAUAUGCCAUAGCAUAUGCCAUCCAUGGUCUGAUUUGUAAUGGCACCCAAUGUGAUAAGACCAUUCGAUUUUCACCAUGGCAGAUAUUCCAUCAGCUCAAACGAGUGAACUUCACUACAAAUAAUGGUUUUCACGUCUCAUUUGAUUCUAAAGGAGACCCUCCAGCUGUCUAUGAACUCAUAAACUGGCAGUUUAAGAAAAAUGGUGGUUUGGAUUUUGUCACAGUGGGCCAGUAUGACUCUUCCAGGCCAAAAGGCCAAGAGUUCAGAAUGAGCAAAAAUAUCAACUGGGUUGGAGGACAGACUGAGGUACCAGUAUCUGUGUGCAGUGAGAGCUGUCCUCCAGGCACUCGGAAAGCUGUACAGAAGAGAAGGCCAGCCUGCUGUUUUGACUGUAUACCAUGUGCUGAAGGAGAGAUCAGUAACAAAACAGACUCUUUGGAUUGUUUACGCUGCCCUCCUGAGUUUUGGCCCAAUGCUAAGCAAGACACUUGCCUCCCCAAACCUGUUGAGUUUCUCUCCUGGGAUGAAAUUCUGGGCAUCAUCCUAACAGUAUUCUCCAUCGCUGGGGCCUUCAUGGCUAUGUGUGUGGGUGUUGUCUUUUACAAGCACAGGACCUCUCCUAUUGUUAGGGCCAACAACUCUGAACUGAGCUUUCUGUUGCUCUUCUCUCUGACUUUGUGUUUCCUCUGUUCACUUACUUUCAUUGGUCGGCCCUCAGAGUGGUCCUGUGUAUUGCGUCACACAGCGUUUGGGAUCACCUUUGUCCUCUGUAUCUCUUGUGUUCUAGGAAAGACAAUAGUAGUGUUAAUGGCAUUCAGGGCUACACUUCCAGGUAGUAAUGUAAUGAAAUGGUUUGGGCCUCCACAGCAAAGACUCAGUGUAAUUUCUUUUACUCUCAUUCAAGUCCUUAUUUGUGUGCUUUGGUUGAAAAUAUCACCACCUUACCCCUUCAAAAAUCUAAAGCACUACAAAGAAAAAAUUAUCUUAGAAUGUGGCUUAGGUUCAGCUAUAGGAUUCUGGGCAGUACUGGGAUAUAUAGGAUUCCUUGCAGUUUUGUGCUUUAUUUUAGCUUUUCUAGCUCGAAAAUUGCCUGAUCAUUUUAAUGAAGCCAAAUUCAUCACAUUCAGCAUGCUUAUAUUUUGUGCAGUUUGGAUCACCUUUAUUCCAGCUUAUGUCAGUUCUCCUGGGAAAUUAACUGUAGCUGUUGAAAUAUUUGCAAUUCUGGCUUCAAGCUUUGGUUUGAUUAUUUGCAUUUUUGCUCCCAAAUGUUUCAUAAUUAUUUUUAAGCCAGAUCAGAAUACCAAGAAACAUCUUAUGGGUAAGGCACAUUCAAGAGAUCACUGA